UAUUCUAUUAUGGUUAGAAGGCAUUAAGAAAGAAGCAAGCGCCGCAAUGAUUGAUGAGUACAUAUCAGCUGAGUUGCCAGACAGAGAUCUAGAUCCUGAGGGUUUUGCAUUGGUCGACCGUCAUAUGAUACAUGGCCCAUGUGGAAAACGUCGACCUAAAUCACCUUGCAUGGACAAAGGAGAAUGCACAAAGGCUUACCCUAAGCCAUUAUCGGAUCAUACACACAUUGACAAGUCUGGAUUUGUCAAAUACAGAAGGAGAUCAGAUCCUAAGCAUUUAGUCUUGAAGAGCAACAUUGAGCUGGGAAAUCAGUACGUUGUCCCUCACAACCUCAGCAUUCUUAAAAAAUAUGAGGCCCAUAUCAAUGUUGAAUGGUGCUGCAGAACCAGUGCGAUCAAAUAUCUUUUUAAAUACAUUACAAAAGGUGUUGAUCGAGCUACUGUUCUUUUGAAAGAGGUGGAAAGGGGAGGCAGUGAGAAGGAGAAAAAGAAAGACGGAAAGGAUGUGAUAAAUGAGAUAGAUAGGUAUAUGGAAUGUCGAUACAUCUCUGCAUGUGAAGCCUCAUGGAGAUUGUUCGCGUUUCACAUACAUCACAAUCAACCUAAUGUUGUUAAACUGCCUGUGCAUCUACCAGGGGAGCACCAUACUGUAUUUGACGAAUCUGCUAGAUUAGAGGAUGUUAUUUCGAAGGAAGACGUUGAGAAAACAAUGUUAACUGCAUGGUUUGUGGCAUGUGAAACGUAUGAAGAAGCACGAGAGCUGACGUACGUUGAACUGCCUACCAGGUUCGUUUAUCACACCUCAGGGAAACUAUGGGCCCCCAGGAAAACCGGUGCAGCAAUAGGAAGAGUGGUUUACGUCAGUCCAGCGGCCGGGGACAAAUACUUCUUACGGAUUUUGGUAAAUGUUGUUAAAGGGCCUACGUGUUUUGAGGAUUUAAAAACAGUUGGGGGUGUGCUUUUUGAAAAGUAUAGAGAAGCAUGUUACGCGCGGGGGUUGCUUGAUGACGACAGAGAAUGGCAUGAUGCUAUAGAAGAGCCAUCAUAUUGGGCUACGGGUCGACAGCUGAGACGGUUGUUUGUGAUAAUCUUACUUUUUUGUCAAGUUAUAGAUCCACUAAAGCUUUGGGACCAUACGUGGAAGUUUCUGGCAGAAGACAUCCUUUAUAUCAAACGAAAGGAAUUCAGAUUCCCAGGGCUUGAACUCAGCGACGACCAGCUAAAACAAUAUACUCUGAUCGAGCUCGAACAGCUACUGAAGGAGAAUGGUCAGUCUCUAGCGGAUUACCCUGCCAUUCCAGUGCCUGAUGAUGCUAUUCUGACUGAGAUUUCUAACACAGUGCUGAUGCAGGAGUUGAGUUAUAACAUUCAACAAGAGACUGAGACGCAUAAUGAGCUGUUCGAAACAAUGAAUCUAGAUCAGAAAGUAGUAUAUGAUUCGGUGCUUGAAUCUGUUCAUAAGCAAUCUGGACAGUUAUUUUUCGUUAAUGGAGCAGGAGGUACUGGGAAAACAUACCUAUACAGGACGAUAAUCGCAAAGCUUAGAUCAGCCAACAAAGUCGUCAUCCCAGUAGCAUCCUCUGGUGUUGCUGCGCUAUUACUCCCCGGUGGUAGAACAGCCCAUUCUAGAUUCAAACUGCCGCUUACACUGAGCGAUGUGUCAAUGUGUAAUAUUCCAAGAUCUUCUAUGUUGGCUUCGUUGAUAGCCAAAUCAGAUUUAAUAAUAUGGGAUGAAGCUCCAAUGGCACACCGUCAAGCGUUUGAGACACUCGACCGUUCCCUCCGAGAUUUGUUGACUCCUGCAGAUCCUACGGCUGCUGACAAACCUUUCGGUGGCAAGACUGUUCUCUUGGGAGGUGAUUUCAGGCAAAUAUUGCCAGUUGUGCCUCAUGGAAGAAGACCAGACACAGUCCUAGCAUCGAUCAGCAAAUCAUAUCUAUGGAAAAAUGCAGUAGUCUAUACUCUUUCCAUCAACAUGCGUUUGAGAGAAGCAGACAGGGAGUUCGCCAAAUGGAUUCUGGAAGUUGGUGAUGGGGAAGCUGAUACCGUCUCCUCUCACAGGAGCAAAAAUAAAGAGGGUGAACAAAUUGAUGUGGACCAAAGAUUCAUGAUCCCUGCAACAGACAAACCACACGAGGCAUUAGCAGCUGCAGCAUAUCCUGACUUCAUUCAUAAUUAUCGGAACAGGAAGUACUUAACAGAGAGAGCGGUGCUGACACCUACAAAUAGUACUGUUCAUGAGCUUAACGCAUAUAUGCUGUCUCAGGUUCCAUCAGAAGCAAAGGAGUAUCUGAGCUCCGAUUCGGUUGAGCUAGAAGCCACGCCAGAUGAUGAUUGGAGUAGCCACUACCCUCAAGAAUAUCUUAACUCACUUGAGUUCUCUGGCCUGCCUAACCACAGGCUAUGCUUGAAGGUGGGGUCUCCGGUAAUGAUGCUGCGUAAUCUUAACCAAGCGUAUGGGUUAUGUAAUGGGACACGGAUGAUAGUCAGUCGAGUAGGCGAAAGGAUAGUAGAAGUUGAGAUCAUGACUGGCACGCAAGUAGGCGAAACAGUGUUGAUCCCCCGGAUUCAGCUUACCCCUCUUGACACUUUGCUUCCAUUCACGUUUUGCCGACGUCAAUACCCACUGCGUCUAUGCUAUGCGAUGACAAUCAAUAAAAGUCAGGGGCAAAGCCUCAAACAAGCUGCUUUGUACCUCCCUAGAUCGGUCUUCACCCAUGGCCAGUUGUACGUUGCUUUAUCUCGAGUGACAUCACCGGAAGGGCUUAAGAUAUUAAACGAUUCCUCUGAUUCAGAUGGAGCUGAUGGAGUGACAAAUAUAGUCUACAAAGAGAUCUUCAAGGGCCUCUGUAACAACAAGGUUUAUAUUGAACUGGUUUUUGUUAGUGUGUCAUUUCAAUUCGUAUUGUUUCAGAUGCUGACUAGAUCUUUAUGAUUGCAGGGGAAAAAAGUUCUCGAGAACGAGCUUGAGGUGAACUUCACGCUAACAUUUCCUAUGUUAUAUUCAGUCUGUUAUGUUCAUGCAACGACUGAUGAGAAUUUUUUUUUGUCGCAGUGAUGCCAGACAGGGUCGAGAAUUAGAAGUUCAUAAUCUGUAACAGACAUUGGCGUGUCUGUGAAGAUAAUGUUUCUUCUGGAGCACGCAAUGAAUCAUGUUUGUUAUUUAACUUUAUGGUUUACCACUUUUAUUUUCAGUCAUUACAAUAGCAUUUAAAAAAAACCGGUUUUAUCAAUCCGGUUUAUUUGGCAAACUAUUUCUAAUCUGUCUACCAGAAAACGUAAUAGAAAGCAUAUUAGUUGACACAAAUAUCAUACGGACAUGUUAUUGUCUUUAAGUAUGUAUAUUAGUUUCAUGAUACUUUCACUGAUUCUUAAAAUUAAAUAUUACAAGCAAAUAAACCGACAUAACAAAGCAGACCAAACUUGAAAUUGAAUAAAAAUUUACAGGUUCAUCAAAACAUGCCCGUACUUACAAAAUUGUAUAGAUUACUCAAAUGACUCAAAUUGCAUCUGAAAUUUUCCCAACACUUAUCAAAAUCUAGAUAGACACUGAUCUUAGAAACAACUUACAUAUACUUCUCAUUACACGAUACAGGCAACACUAAAUAAGUCUACGAAAAGGAAAACCGUGCAAGCUAAAAAAAAAAAAUAUAGAUGAUGAUCCACUUCUAAAUUUCGCGUUAAAAAACGUAAUCCACUUCCAAUUUUCGCG